AUGCGGACCUUCACACGCAUCUCGUCGCGGCAGCCGUGUCGGCUGUACCUUGCUCAUCAUCCUUCCCAACCCUCACCUGUUCAUCUCGCCUCACUAUCCGGCACGGCUUGUCAAGUGAAGGAGUCCAGGGCAUUAAAGACCGGAAGAGGAUUUGCUACAACAGCACCUGCAUCGGAUGCCCAAGCUCAACGCCGCUGGGCCAACAGCCUGCUGACCCUGGCUAUUGAGACGUCCUGCGACGACACCUGUGUGGCCGUCUUGGAGAAGGAAAGAACAGGGGCUCCCUUCGGCGCGACUCCCCGAGCACGCCUCUUGUUCGAAGAGCGCGUCACGGCCGACAACCGUGCAUAUGGCGGCAUCCACCCGCUGGCCGCCUCCGAGUCGCACAUGAUAGCGCUGGCGCCGCUCGUGCAAAAGGCUACCGCAUGCUUGCCGUCGGGGAAGCCCGACUUUGUGUCAGCGACCCGCGGGCCCGGCAUGGGGUCCUCGCUGGCCUCCGGUCUGUCCGUGGCCAAGGGGCUGGCCGUCGCCUGGCAGGUGCCGCUGGUCGGCGUCCAUCACAUUCAGGCGCACGCCCUGACGCCGCGUUUGGUGGAGGCACUCGACGCAGCAAGGACGGCGGCGGCGUCGUCCACGUCCUCUGCUGCCACGCCGACGACGCCGACGACGCCAACGACACCCCCCCUCGUGUCCUUUCCCUACCUCUCCUUCCUCGUCUCUGGUGGCCACACGAUGCUCGUGCACUCGCGCGCACUCAACGACCACCGCAUCCUCGCGUCCGCCGCGAACAUUGCCGUCGGCGAUCUGCUCGACAAGUGCGCGCGGGCCAUUCUGCCACGGGGCUUCAUUGCGGCGGCCGAAGCCAGCGCCGGCCGCAGCCUGCCCUACGGCGCCAUCCUCGAAGCGUUUGCGUUCGAGGGCCAAGACACGGAAACGUACAGCGGCUACCAGUAUCCGCGUCAGCGGUGCGACGAGAUGGCGCCGUUCGAAUCCGGCCAUGGCUGGCGGCUGGAGGCACCGUUGAGCAGUGGCGUCCUGCGCCAUGCGCUGCGCUUUGACUUUUCGGGGCUCAACGGUGCCGUCAUAAAGGCAGCCGGCGGUGAUCCGCACAUGGUUCCCGGCGGCCCCGGCCGUGUUCCCAAGGUUCCGAAGAGUACCGGCCCCCCUGCGGGACCAAAGAUCACCUUGCCCGAAAGUGAACGCCGGCUGCUGGCUCGGGGGACGAUGCAGCUGGCGUUUGAGCACCUCGCCAGCCGGCUGUUGCUUGCACUGAAGACCGGUGCAGGCGGCGGCGGCGAGGGCAGAGAUGCGCCCCCGACAUGCCUUGUCGUCUCGGGCGGUGUGGCCAGCAACCAGUUUCUGCGGUACAUCCUUCGCUCGGCGCUGGAGGUGCAUGGGUACGGCCACCUACCAGUGGUGGCGCCGCCGCCGUCUCUGUGCACAGACAAUGCCGCCAUGAUUGCAUGGGCCGGCAUGGAGAUGUACGAGGCCGGGUGGCAGUCUGACCUAACUGUGCUGCCGAUCCGCAAGUGGUCCAUGGAUGCCAACGCGGAAGACGGUGGAAUCUUGGGCCCCGACGGCUGGGUGCAGAAACGUGCACAGUAA